AUGGACGACGCGAACGACCGACUUCCAGCACUCUGCGCUGCUCACCCAGGACAUGAACUAAUGCUCAACCAUUUGCACACACUUCUCACCACGUACCCGCCGCCGUUCAUCUGCGUACACGAUCCCGCGACGCCUCGGCUUACAUGCGCCGCGAUGAAGUCUCUGUUGAGUUUGCUGUCUCAGGCCCAAGCGCCGGAACGCAUCGCAUACGCGCAAGUCAACGCCGUCGCGUGUUUCACGACCAGGCUCCUCUAUGACACGGUCAUCAACGCGUUGGCGGGUCACACGCCGACGUGGGACUCAGGGUGCGCGAACUGGAUGUCGGACGUGGAGAGAUGGAACGAAAACUUCGACGCGUUCACGCACGGGAUCAAAGCCGUCCAUCGUCACCUUUCUAAGCAAGCGUCCGGAGCGGCGAUAAGGAUGGUGGUCGCGGUCGAACGGGCGGAGAGGCUGAAGGAGACGAUGCCGGACGUGAUCGCGCCGCUCACGCAGCUGGCUGAACUGGCGCAGAUUGACGUUACGGUCAUCUUCAUCUCGGAGAACCAUUGGCAGGAUCUCAAACCAUCGCUAGGCGUCGCUCCGGAUCCCUUCUACGUCUCCAUUGAACAACUUGGCAAACAAGCUGUUCUCCAACGUCUAACAUCCACUUUCACCUCCGUAUCCUCCGCUUUCGCCUCCUCAAAUUCCUCCGCGACAGAGCCCCUCCCUGCGCACGCCUAUCACCCCGCCCUCGCACCCCUUUAUGCCCACUUCGUCUCGACGCUCUACAGCGUCUGCGCGCCCUUCACCCAGCACCCAGACGAACUCACCUACAUUUCGGCCGCGCGCUGGCCGGGCUUCGUCCAACCCAUCCUAGACGCCCAUGCAGAACAAAACAUCGAACUCUCCGCGCCCUCCGAAGACGUGCGCAUGCGGCUCACGCGGCUCUUCACGCCCUCGCUGACCGCCGCGCUCGAGGCGCUCUACCCGCGCACCACGGACGCACUCGCCUGGGCCAUCCUCAACGCGCCGGACCCGGACCUCCUCGCGCGCCCGCACGAGCCAGGCAGUCUCACGAAGUCGCGGCCCGGCAGCCCGAGCAAACGGGCCCGCGACGCGCCGGACGACAGGGUGGACGUCGUGAGCGCGAGCCUGCGCGCGCUGCCGCGUAUGAGCCGGUUCCUGCUCGUCGCGAGCUUUCUGGCGUCGACGAAUCCGGCGAAGACGGACAUGCGCAUGUUCGGGCGCGUGUCGGAGGGGAAGGGGAGGAAGCGCAAGGGCGGUGGCACCAGAAAGCCACGGGCCACGGCCGGGACCGCGAAGAUCCCGCAGCGCCUCUUGGGACCGACGCCGUUCCCGUUGGAUCGCAUGCUCGCUAUCUUGGGAAUUCUACUUGAAGAGUACGAUGCCGACGUUCGGCCGGACAAGCCGCAGUACACCGUACCCGGCGAAUACACCGAGAUGGAAAUUUCGCGUGUAGGGGUUUACGCAUCGAUCAUGGAGCUGACGUCGAUACGCUUACUCCAUCGCACGUCUCCCGUGGACAAGCUUGACGGACCACCCAUGUUCAAGAGUGCCAUAUCGUACGAGAGCGCGAUGACGCUGGCUAGGGAUCUAGGUGUGCCGCUGAAUGACCUCAUGUGGGAUCCGGCGUAACGACCUUCCACCAACCACCUCCAUCGCCCGCUGUUGGUGCUUCCGGCUGCCCCAAGGCCCUCGAUUCGCAUCGGGAUCAUCUUGUGGUCUCCUCUACGACGGCAAUCGACUGAUUUUGGAGUACCUUCCGCGCCGUUGCUGUUCCAUCAUGCAGGCGCUACCAAUGGACCGACACUCAGGGCCACCCUGGAUCUGCAACUGCCACUCUGUCCUGCGACGUGCGACUCUACUAGUGUUGGAGAUCGUCACAUGGAGAUAAUUAUGUACGACGUUUUCCAGUAUGUAUCAUCGUCGUCCGCGUGAUACAACAAUACAGAUGCACAGCCCGGAUCUCGUUCGGUGUGCUCGACUGC